AUGUCCAAUCCGCCAUUACAACAAGCUCAAGAACAGCCAUUCAAGGACACAAUUUUGACAAUCCUGAAUAACCAAAAUGCGCUGAUGGCAAGGUUAGCAGAGCAGAUGGCGGGUAUCCAAGGAAGUGUCCAAAAUACAAACCGGAACGAAUAUAUCCUCGAUUCCUUAGCGACGAAUAUCACGGAAUUUGUCUACGAUGCAGAAAAAGGAUGUUCUUUCGACGCUUGGUUCUCACGGUACGCGGAUCUUUUCGAAAAAGACGCUGCACAGCUUCAGGAUGACGCAAAAGUUCGACUUCUACUCAGAAAGCUGAGUCCCACCGCACACGAACGAUAUACUUCGUUCAUACUUCCUAAACUUUCGAAGGAAUUUACGUUUGAUGAGACCAUUGCCAAGCUUAAGACAAUUUUCGGCACGCCCGUGUCUACCUUUCAUCGUCGAUAUGAAUGCCUUCAGACGACGAAAGAUGAGAAUGAUGAUUUUAUCAGCUACUCUUGCAAGGUCAACCGUGCGUGCGUCGAUUUUAAGCUCCAGGAACUCAAAGAGGAGCAGUUCAAAUGCCUGAUAUUUGUGUGUGGACUCAAAUCUUCCAAGGACUCUGAUAUACGGAUGCGCUUGUUAUCGAAAAUCAACGAGACGAACGACAUCACAUUGGAAAAAGUAGUGGAGGAUUGCAAAAGCCUCAUAAAUCUGAAGAAAGAUACUGUUCACAUCGGUGGUCAAACAUCGACAUCCACCGUCGCCGCUACGAAGGCCUACAGAUCUCGCUCUCCGAAUCAUCGCAAAAAGGGAAACUGGGGCAAUACCAAAAGCAAAGGAGACGCACCGAAGACGCCUUGUUGGUGCUGUGGUGGUAUGCAUUUCUCCAGCCAGUGCAGUUUCAAGGAACAUAAGUGCCGGGACUGCGGUCAGACGGGUCACAAGGAAGGCUACUGUGGGUGCUUCAAGCAGCGAUCGAAGUUCAAUAAAGGGAAGCAGCAGCAUAAACCAAGGCACUCGAAUAAGAUCGUCGUGGUAAAGGAUGUGAAGCGGAGCCGUCGGUACGUCGAAACCAACAUCAACGGUGUGCCAGUGAACCUUCAACUGGAUUCCGGGUCCGACAUAACCAUCAUUUCUAAACAAAAUUGGAUCAGAGUCGGGGCACCACAAACGUCACCACCCGACUGUCAGGUGCAGACUGCUUCGGGAAGCAGGCUUGCUAUCGAUGCGAUGUUCCGAGCCUCCAUCACCAUCGGCAAUACCCAACGGGAAGGCUCAGACUUGUUGGACGAGUUUGGCCUGUGGGACGUUCCAUUUUCGUCCUUCUGUAAGCUGGUCGACACCAAACAAGAAGACCAGCAGAUCGCCGAGUUGAGGGCCAUGUUUCCAGACGUUUUCACGGAACGCAUGGGCCUCUGUACGAAAACGCAAGUACAUUUCACGCUCAAGGAGGGAGCUCAACCAGUAUUCAGGCCUAAGCGACCGGUAUCAUACGGUAUGGAAGUGGUCGUCGAAGAUGAGCUGAAGCGCCUAGAACACCUGGGCAUCAUCACGCCGGUUACGUAUGCAGAUUGGGCAGCACCGAUUGUGGUGGUACGUAAGCCGGACCGCUCCGUCCGUAUAUGCGCCGAUUUUUCUACCGGCCUGAACAACGUGUUAGAGUCAAACAGCUAUCCUCUGCCUCUUCCGGAGGAUAUCUUCAAUCGAAUGGCAAAUUGCACUAUAUUCAGUCACAUCGACCUGUCCAACGCCUAUCUACAAGUUCCCGUAGACGAGGAAAGUCGCAAAUUGAUUAAUAUCAAUACCCACAAAGGACUGUACCGGUUCAACCGUCUCUCACCCGGAAUCAAAAGCGCACCGGGAGCGUUCCAACAGAUCAUUGACACGAUGCUAUCCGGCAUCGAAUGUACGUCACCCUACCUUGACGACAUCUUGAUCGGUGGCCGGAAUGCGGAGGAACAUAGACGAAAUUUACAUUUAGUCCUGCAACGCAUCCAGGAGUAUGGGUUCACCGUGAAGAUCGAAAAAUGCCGGUUCUUCAUGCACCAAGUUAAAUACUUGGGCCAACUUCUGGAUUCCGAGGGCAUACGCCCUGAUCCAGAUAAGGUGAAGGCAAUAAUCAACAUGCCUCCGCCAAACGAUGUACCCACCCUGAGAUCCUAUUUAGGGGCGAUUAAUUAUUACGGCAAAUACAUCCGAGAGAUGCGGAAACUUCGCCAACCGCUGGAUGAGCUCCUCAAGGAGGGGGCCAGUUUCCAGUGGACAGAUGCAUGUCAACGUUCAUUCAACCGUUUCAAAGAAGUUUUGCAAUCACCCCUCAUGCUGACUCACUACAAUCCUCGCCUAACGAUGGUAGUGUCAGCAGACGCAUCAAAUGUGGGAAUAGGCGCCCACAUUGCUCAUCGAUUCCCCGACGGGUCGGAAAAGGCAGUAUACCAUGCAUCCCGGAGUCUGACUCCAGCCGAAUCCCGCUAUAGUCAGAUCGAGAAAGAGGCGUUGGGCCUCGUAUACGCCGUAACAAAGUUCCAUAGAAUGAUCUACGGCAGACAUUUCAUCCUGCAGACGGACCACAAGCCUCUUGUGGCCAUUUUCGGCUCGAAACAAGGGAUUCCACCUUACACCGCCAACCGUCUCCAAAGAUGGGCACUCACCAUGUUACUCUACGAUUUCAAAAUCGAGCAUAUUUCUACGGAUCAUUUUGGGCACGCCGAUAUACUAUCCCGUUUGAUCAACAGCCACGUAAGGCCGAACGAGGACUACGUGAUUGCAUCCCUCGAAGUGGAACAGGUGAUCUGCAACAUCGUCAGUCAAUCCAUCGAGUAUCUUCCUGUUUCAUACAAAAUGAUAGCAGCCGAGACUACGAAAGAUGAGAUGUUGCAGCAAGUUCUGAAAUACGUCAUCAACGGUUGGCCUAACGAUAAGAAAACCAUCUCGGGAGGAUCGGAAGUUCAGCAAUUUUUCGCACGACGUGAAUCUUUGUACGCAGCCCAAAAAGUCCUGAUGUACGGAGAGCGGAUUGUAAUACCGAAGAAGUUUCAACGUAAAAUACUGCAGCAACUUCAUAAAGGGCACCCAGGCGUUGAACGUAUGUGGUCAUUGGCGAGAAAUUACGUAUAUUGGCCAAACAUCGAUGAACACGUUACCGCCCUGGUCCGAUCAUGUUCAGAAUGUGCUUCUGUCGCAAAGACUGACACCAAAACAAAGCUGGAGUCAUGGCCCAUCCCCGAAAAACCGUGGCAGAGGGUCCACGUGGAUUUUGCGGGGCCGAUUGACGGAACGUAUUAUCUCCUGCUAGUGGAUUCACUAUCCAAAUGGCCGGAAGUUAUCCCUACAAAGUCAAUAACAUCGGCAGCAACGAUCGCUAUUCUACGCCAGAUCUUCAGUCGAUUUGGUAUGCCGGAAGUUCUAGUUUCCGACAACGGAUCGCAACUUGUGAGUGACGUCUUCGAGCGGUUCUGCGAAUCGAAUGGUAUCAUGCACCUUAAAACAACCCCUUUCCACUCUCAAAGCAAUGGACAGGUGGAAAGGUUUGUCGACACCUUCAAAAGAACCAUGAAAAAAAAUCAGGCCGGAGGGGAAACCUUAGACGAAGCAUUGAAUACGUUCUUACUGUGCUACAGAUCUACACCCUGUCGUAGUGCUCCUGGCGGCAAAUCCCCCGCAGAAGUAUUGCUAGGAAGACCACUGAGGACAUCGUUUGAAUUACUUCGUCCAACCAGUAAGUUCAACAAAAACAACAGCCUCAAGCAGAACCAGCAGUUCAAUACGAAACACGGAGCCAAGGAGAAGUGCUUCGGCGUCCAGGACCAGGUGUAUGCCCAAGUACAUCGAGGCAACGAUUGGAACUGGGUACCUGGAGUGAUAGUGGAGCGAGUGGGUACGGUUAUAUAUAACGUGUGGAUCCCGCAACAGCAACGGUUAAUUCGCAGCCACAGCAAUCAACUGCGAAAACGCUACGGAAGUGAAGUACCAACAAUGUCUGAAACAGAUCCGUCCAUUUCGCUUGAUAUCCUGCUAGGUUCGUGGGGAUUGAAUCCUAGUGCUGCUCCAGAGGAAGUGAUACCACCAGCCGAACCUGAAGAGCUUAACGAAAUCCAGCGAGAGUUCAUGCGCGAGCUCAUUGAACCACCAGCUACGCAUCGGCGAGCUCGUGGAUCCGUUCGACAACCUGAUCCUGAGGAUGUGAUUCAGCGCCGAUCAACGCGCAAUCGUCGGGCGCCAGCUAGAUAUGAACCGUACCAGAUCUACUAA